CCCACAAACUUAACUGACCCGGUGGCAAAAUCUUGAACUACGUGCGUCCAUUUUGAAAUGUCACAUUGCUGUCAAGUUUGUUGUUGAGCACGACGCUGGGAAUAUUUUCAUUGUUUUUGUGGUUUUGGUGAUGUAAAUUAUGCCGAGAGCAUUGAAAAGUGAUGCAAGAAACACUAUUUUAAAAGUGUUAGCUUUUAUGCAGGAGGAGAAACGUCUCAAAGCGCCGUUAAUACCAUUCGAAAAACUGUAUGAACGAGUAGCUGCUGCUGCAGGUGUUGGUGAGCGAUUUGUACGUCAAUUAGUUAAAGAAAAGAAACAGGCGGAUGCAACUGGCUCAAAAAUUUCUACUCCAGGAAAAAAAAGGAUAAGAAUAACAGGAAAGAUCGAAAUAGAUGAUUUUGACCUCGGUGUCAUAAGAAGAAAAGUUCAUGAAUUUUAUACAAUUAAGAAAGAAAUUCCUACGAUCCCAAAAUUGCUGAAUAUCUUGCGACAGGAAAUCAAUUUUACCGCGAGUCGAGAAACCCUGAGAAAGGUGUUGCGUAAAAUUGGUUUUCGAUACAAGAAAACACAAUCGAACAGAAAAGUUCUUAUUGAACGCAAUGAUAUAUCUGCCUGGCGGGCAGGUUAUCUACAGAAAAUUAAGCUGAAUGAAUGUGGCGAAAAAAAGCCCGUGAUAUUUUUGGAUGAGACUUAUAUCCACUCAUCACACACUGUUGGGCGUUGUUGGCAAAGCGAUAAUGUUGAUGGUGCUUUGAAUCCUGUUUCAAAAGGAAAUAGGUGGAUAAUUGUUCAUGCGGGUGGAGAAAUGGGGUUCGUUGAGAACGCCUUACUUGUGUUUAAGUCAAACACAAAAAGUGGCGAUUACCAUGAUGAAAUGAAUAAUACAAAUUUCAAAAAAUGGGUAACGGAAAAAUUGCUACCUAAUUUACAAACAGAAACCAUAAUUGUUAUGGAUAACGCCCCUUACCACAGCAUUUGCAUUAAUAAAUGUCCUAAUACAAAUGCUAAAAAAGCAGACAUGCAGCAUUGGCUUAAUGAACAUAAUGUGGAGUACAAUGAAAGCUACACUAAACCCCAGCUGUAUGAAUUAAUAAAGAGGCACAAACCAGUACCUCAAUAUGAAAUCGAUAAUUUGUUAAGAGACAAUGGGCACACUGUUCUUAGACUACCUCCCUAUCAUUGCGAUUUAAAUGUCAUAGAAAUGAUCUGGAGUUCGAUGAAACGUUUUGUUGCAGAACAUAACAUUGGAAAGUCAGAUGCUGAAAUGCCACAGUUAAUCGCAGAAGCAUUUACUAAAAUAACAACUGCAGAAUGGCAAAAACACUGUGCCCAUGUAAAGAACAUUGAAAACGAGUACCUAAAAAAAGAUGCUUAUUUGGAUGAACCUUUUAUCAUAUCUGUGGGAAGUGACAGUGAAAGUGACAGUAGUGAUUCAGAUGAUGAAUUGGCCGCGGAUGCUAGUACAACUACAGGAAUUCCUAGAAUCCAGCCUCCAAAUUACGCAGAUGAUUGUCUAAUGGAUCAUAAUUAUUACUAUAAAAUUUAAUUCAUAAAAAAUGUGUUUUCACUAUUAUUCCUUACCAUCCGCAAAGACGUAAUAAACUUCGUAUAAUAAUACAAAGUAGUAGGAUAUAGAGGCCGUAUAAAAAGUCACUAAAAUUGGGGUAAUAAUUCGCAAGCUUUUUACCCUCCAUCCGGCGACAUACUAUUUAGCGGUAACACUAAAAUCGACAACAGUGACACCGUCACCGGGUCAGUUAAGUUUGUGGCA